CCUUUGUCCGGCACGGGCGGCGGGGCCGGAGCGGCCGGAGCGGCCGGAGCGCGGUGUCCGAGCGCUGCCCGCUGUCCGAGCCCCGAGCGGUGCCCGCCCUGCCCGCUGCCUGUCCGAGCCCUGAGCGGCCGUGUCCCCGUGAUGACUCUGGAGGAGCUGCCCGGGGAGCGCCGCGCCGCCGGGAGGAUGGAGCAGGCGGGGGACGCGCUCGAGGAGGUGCUGAGCAAGGCGCUGAGCCAGCGGAGCCUCACCCUCGGCGUCUACGAGGCGGCCAAGCUGCUCAACGUGGACCCCGAUAACGUGGUGCUGUGCCUGCUGGCUGCCGAGGAGGAGGAGGCGGGGGACGCGGCGCUGCAGAUCCACUUCACGCUGCUGCGGGCCUUCUGCUGCGAGAACGACAUCAACAUCCUGCGCGUCAGCAACCCGGCGCGCCUGGCGGAGCUGCUGCUGCCCGCCGCGGGCCCCGACCCGCCCGCCGACCUGCACUGCGUGCUCGUCACGAACCCGCAGGCGUCGCAGUGGAAGGACCCGGCGCUGAGUCAGCUGAUGUGUUUCUGCCGGGAGAGCCGGUACCUGGACCAGUGGGUGCCGGUGAUCAACCUCCCGGAGCGGUGACCCGCGUCCCGCAGCCGCAGGACUCUCGCUCAGGAAGGAACUCCCUGCCCCGGCUCCGGCAGGGGAGGGAGGCAAAAUAAAACCCGACGGCAACAGCGACAAAAAAAAAAAAAAGAAAAAAGAGAAAAAAUAGAUAUAAAAUAAUAAAGCUCACACUGAUGUCAUUUGGAGGGGUUUGGCUGGAGCUGAGCGUGGGAGCUGUGGAAAAGAGGGAUGAGCCCAGCCUGAUGCCCUCCCCAGAGCUCCCCUCACUCCUUCUGUCCUUAAGUGCCACUUAAAGUUCCUGCUUUAAACACCUUAACGAGCAAACAAGGUUAAUCGAGGCCUUUUGCCAGCAAUGUUGUUGUAUUUUUGGGAUGUAAUUCUCACGUUUUUAUGCUAAGAUAUAUAAUAAUAAUAAUAAUAAGUUAUUUUCUGAUAUCGAUGGGAAAAUUAUUUAUACUUGGAGGUCUGAGAACCGAAACGCCCUCGAGCAGUUGGUCUGCAACCACGAAUCUUCUCCCAGCUGGCUGCAAAAGCAGCACCAUUAAUAUAAUUGUUUGAAAUUCGAGUGUUUUCUGGGGUUACGGUGUUCUUGUUUUGUGUUUUCUUUUUUUUGAAAUAAAGCGUAAAAUCAAA